CUCCAACUUUCCAAAACAUACCUAAUACCUAAGCUGAUUUCUCUUCUUCUCUUCACACUUUCGUUUAUACACACUUUCUUUUUUUUUCUCUUCUUUUUUGAAUAAAAAAAAAACUAAAAACUAAAAAGAAAAACUUGACAAAAUUAUUUGCGACACGAUGGCAGAAACUAAACCAGCCGCGACGUACUCGACCGACCCCGCCCUUUAUAUCUACACUUCUCUCACGGCCGGGUCAUCUCAUAUCGUCACAGCUACUUCGCGAUUGGAGACUAUCCUAAGAGCUAAUAAGGUGCCAUUCAAAGCCAUAGAUAUCGCAGUUGAUGAGAAGGCACGAAUGCUAUGGGGUCGAAGAGCUGGCAAGGAUGCAUCUGGACGACUGCGCAAGCUUCCCGGUCUAGUGCAGAUGGGUAUGGUUCUUGGUGAUCUAGUAGAGAUUGAAGAGUGGAACGAAUACGGCGAGUUGAAACAAAAUGUCACCAUCUACUACGACGACUUUACCAUCCCGCCCAUAAGCCAGGCACCCCCACAACCUACCCCUAAACCUAAGAAGAAGGUUGUAAAGAAGACUACCAAGACUACCUCUGCAGCGGAUGAUUCCGCAUCACCACCACCACCACCACCACCCGAAGCGCCCCCGCUACCCGAAAAUAAUAAACCUAAAGUACCGGCAGCGUCAUCGACAAGUAAAGCCGGCGCAGGAGCCAAAGCAGCUGCCCCCGCCGAACCCAUCCGUAGUAUUGCUGAGGAGGCCGCAGCGAGGGCGAAGCAGGUGCAUCUGGAGAGCUUGCGUGCGAAGGUCCACGGGAAGAAGGAUAAGGACGCUAAGGAGAACGAGGACGUGAAGAAGUCAGAUGACAAAGAUACCGAGGAUGCUAAAGAAUCCAAGGAGUCGGAAAGUAAAACUGCUGAGAAAUCAGAGCCUGAGGUUCCUGAGAGUCUGGAUACCAAGGAUACCAAGAAUACCAAGGACACCGAGAAAGCAGAUGAUAAGGAGGCCGAGAAAUCUGAGACCAAGGCUAGCAAAAAGCCUGCCAGCAAGGAUGCCAAGGGAGCAGAAAAGAAGGAUGUUAAGAAAGUAGACGCUAAAGACGUCAAGAAGACAAUAGUCAAGGUUGUUAAGAAGACAGAUACCAAGGACACUAAGAAAUCUACCGCCACCGCCAGCACAAGUUCUAGUGCGAGAAAAACUGCCACCACCACCACUACUACUACUACGGCAUCGUCUAGAGCCAAAACGACCGCAACGGCAUCUGGAUCCAAGACGGCUCCUACAAAGACCAUCACUUCUAAAACGGCCACUCCCAAAGUAACUACUACCACCAAAGCAACCGCUUCGAAAGCAACUCCGUCCAGAGCAACCACAUCAACCUCAUCUUCGACGUCAACCACAUCGACGUCGAAAGCAACUCCGAAAGCAACUCCUUCCAAAACGACCAAAGUAGUUUCGAUCAGGCCUAAGACUACUACAAGCACCAUACCAAGGACUACCACUACCACGGCGAAGACUACUACUACAACAUCGAGGGCCGCUACUUCCACGCUGGUAAAACCUAGAGGCGGUAUAUCCACUCGCCCCGCAGCCGAGAAAUUGAGCAAGCUCAAGAUAUCGGACAAUGACAAGGGACUAUCACCAGUCGAAGAGGCCCUGCAGUCGCCGACGUCAUCGCGGCACGGAGAUGACACUCCCGAGGACAUAUUGCGGCCGAUGCUGCAGAGCCCGACGACCGGGUCCUGGAAGGCGGACGGCACGGGCGCGACCCCCAGCAUAAGCGAGCUCCUUAACGACGCGGGCGCGGCCUCUAGCAUAAGCGAGCUCCUCCACGACGCCAUCGUCGCCGACGCGUCCCCCGAGGAGAUCGCCGAGAUCGAGAAAGCCGAGACGAUCCCCGAGGCGGCGAGCUCCGAGGAGGAGGAUAGCGAGGACCCGGCGGAUCCCAAUCAUGUGGAUAAGAAGGGAGGUGAAGAGGAAGAGGAAGAAGACGAGGAGAAUGAAGACGAUGAGGAAGAUGAUGAUAAGGAAGAUAAGGAAGAGGAGGACGAAGAAGAAGAGACAGAGGAAGAGGUGGGAGAUAAGGGAAAGGGUAAAGCCCCGGCCGUGAGCACGAAAUAAAUAAUAAGUCAUCAUCAGCCUCAGGUAUAGCAUUCGAUACGUCGACGAUGGCCGACGAGCAGCUUUUUUUUCACUUACUUAAUACUGCGUUUAUUUUUAUUUUUUUUAUUUUUUUCAGCAGAUCAUAGGAGCAUUAGGGGUUGAGUGCUAAUUACCUAGAUACCAAAUUUGCGAAGAGAAGACAGGAAAUAAAUAAAUCAAGUCCUAUUGAUUAUAUUAAUUUGGCAGGGACUGGCUACCUACCUAGGUUAGGUACCUAGGUACUUUAUUAGUAUUAUCACCGGUAUAAUGUAUUACUACAGCAUCGAGGAUUAGGAGUCUUUUUUUUUUCUGUUUUUCUUUUUCUUUUUAUAGAUUAAUAACCUGUAUCAUUAUAUUA